AUCUUAUCUUCUGUCGUUCACCGGCAGAGACGGGUUUCCCAUACCCGGCUGACGCUCAUGUAGGUGUAUGAACAAAAUCAAGCCCUCCAAUCACCAGGCUGCUCCUGCUGCCCCAUCAAGCCGCGUGGGUCGCGCACGCGCCAGCUCGUCAGGGCGCGCCCACGAGGACCCGAUGGCAGGACAGGUCAUCAUGAGAGAGCUGAGCCGAUGAGAUCAUGGAGCCUGAGCCGAAGUCGGACAGGGGUCGGUCGGGACUUCGCGGUGAUGGAGAGGUGCCUGUCCGAAUCCAUGAUGUCCUGCUCUGUAGCUGAAAACACAAGACCUCUGUCCUGUGUGUCCUCUAGCAAACAGUCAGUGUGCCACUUUCUUCUAACAGGACUAAAUAAGACUCAGCCUCAAGCCCUUUACAAUCAAGGAUGGACACGUGAAAACUGAGAGGCCAAGAGGUGGCCUUUAUUUUCAACCUUGUUAGUCAUUCUGCCACCAUAAAGAGACAUGAAAAUAUUCCAGACCUUAAAGGUUUCCUCUCAGAAGUUGACUUUUGCCAUAUAAAAGAAUGCCUAUUAACAUUAGAGCCAAGCCCUCGCAGAGCAAGCUGUCUGCUGGCCCGAAGAGUAGUGGGCACACUGAUGGCAGCGCAUCUCAUUCACGUUUUUCCAGAUCCCCCAAACAGGGGAAAGGAAAACAGGCUGUAAGCUCAGCACCGGGCUCCCGCUCGGGGUUAGAACCAGGCUCUGUGUCAGGGGGUGGGCCUGCUCCAGCACCUAAAGUCGCUGGAGGUCAUGGGUCGGUGUCGAGGCCAGGUUCUAAGAGCAAACCCGGCGCAGCAGCAAACAAAGGAGUAACUUAUGGUUCAGCGACAGCGCCAGGUGGUAAAACCUUGUCUAUGGAGAACAUCCAGUCUUUGAGUGCCGCAUAUGCCACUUCAGGUACCAUGUACCCCAAUGAGCGGGAGUCCUUGGAGCCCUCUGGAGGGUAUCCUAAAGGUACCAUGACACUGGGCAGGAGCACCAGCCGCUCAUCCUACACUGGUCGGACAACAGCCUCGGGCAGCAGCCCAAACAUCACCUCAUAUGGGCUGCAUCACCCGUCAGACCACUAUGGAGACCAAACAUCGCAGGCUGCAGGGACAUCCAGCCUGCGGCGCCAGACAGGCAGACAUCUGCAGGGAGUGGAUUCAGCUGGACGGGGAGAGACUGAUCUUCAGGUUCAGCUGAGGGAUCUGCAGAGGGAGAAUGACAACCUGAGGAGAGAACUGGAUGGAGGGAGGGACGGGCGGACGGGGCCCAGCAUGAACAACGUGAACUUCUGGAGCCCAGAUGUGAAAAGAGACAAGGGGGUAAGGCGUGAGGAGGGAGUGAGGACCUCGGUUUUGAAGGACCAUAUGAGGACUAACCAAGACGAUAUGCAGCCUGCGGAUAUCAGAAGAAACAAGCAGCUUCCGUUGACGGUUCAGGAGCUUCAGGAGGAGCUGAGGGCUCACAGGGAGAUGAACAGUCGCUUGCAGCAGCAGCAACGAUGGCAGGGGAACCCUGGCUCCUAUCGAGAACUCAAUACAGACCAGGACCACAGAGGAGGGCUUAGCCCUGGCCACAGCCCCAGACAAAGCCCCAGCAACCUGCACAGUCCUGGACCGAAGAACAGCCCGAGAGCCAGCCCAUCCAACACCUACAACUCCAGGCAACAGGAAGCUGACGUCAUCAUUCACAGCCCCGGUUAUGGUCUUAACACUGCAGUAGCUGCGCAGAGAAUCAGCCCAGCCAACACCCUUCAGCCCGGGCCAAGGAACAGCCCAAAUCAGCCCCUCUACAGCCCCAGCCAAGGUCCGGUGGUAGCGCCCAGCUCCAGCUCACUCCGGCCCCUUAGCCCCUGCCAGGUACCUGGGUGUGACGGCUUCUCCUCAUCUCCUCCUGUAGAUCCAUCAGAGGAGAAUUUCUUCCGGCUGCAGUCAGAGCACGAGCGGCAGGCCAAGGAGCUGUUCCUGCUGAGGAAGACCAUGGAAGAGAUGGAGAUGAGAAUCGACUCGCAGAAGCAGACGCUGGGCGCCCGGGAUGAGAGCAUCCAGAGGCUGUUGGAGAUGCUACAGGGCCAAGGUCAAAAUCAGGCUCAGGGACACUGGGGUCGGGGACAGCGGACCGGUAUCAUAGCAAUGGCGGCACAGGAGGCAGAAACGCAACUUGAGAACAUGCAUGUGAGAGAGGAGCUUCAUCGCCGGAACCAGCUCCAGGCUGAUCCGGCCAAGACUAGGGCCCUGCAGACUGUCAUUGAAAUGAAGAACACCAACCCUCCUUUCUGUUUUGAUCCUGACGUUAUCUGGCAGGACACCAAGAUCUCUUCCCUGGAGAGGAACAUCAGAGACUUAGAAGAUGAGGUCCAGAUGUUAAAGACCAGCGGCCUUCUGCACCCUGACGACAGGCAUGAUGAGCUCAAGCAGGUGGAGGUCUACAAGAGCCAUUCUAAAUUCAUGAAGACUAAGGAGCAGGCCUUGUCCCCGAUUGUGUCUUCCAUCAGAACAGCUCCCAACUUCCAACUCCCCACCCAACAGCCCUGGAUUACAGAACAAGCAGAAAUAGAGCAGCAGAAGCAGGAGCUGAACAGGAAGGAGGCAGACAUGCAGGCCCUGCAGACCAAACUGGAAACGCUGACCAAUCAGAACUCGGACUGCAAGCAGCACAUAGAGGUGCUAAAGGAGUCACUCAGCGCCAAAGAGCAGCGCGCCAAUACGCUGCAGACAGAGGUAGAUGCUUUGAGGGUGCGACUGGAGGAGAAAGAGCAGUUCCUGACCAAGAAGACCAAGCAGCUACAGGACCUGACGGACGAAAAGAGCACACUAACGGGAGAGAUCAGAGACAUGAAGGACAUGCUGGAUGUCAAGGAGAGGAAGGUUAAUGUCCUGCAGAAGAAGAUUGAGAACCUGUUGGAGCAGUUAAAGGAUAAGGACAAACAGCUGGCUGGGUUGCGGGAAAGGGUCCAGGGCCUUCAGACUGACUCCAGCAACACAGACACAGCCCUGGCCACACUAGAGGAAGCCUUAUCAGAAAAGGAGCGGGUGAUUGAGAAUUUGCGCGAGCAGAAGGAGAGGGAGGACAGGGUUCGGCUGGACGAGCUGGAAAAGAUGAGGAAGGAGAACCAAGAAUUAAAGGACAGACUUUCAGCAGUGCAGCCCCAGAAAAUUUCCCAGAGUCAGCCUUUGAAUUCCAGCUUGACACAGAACCAAAGGCCUGAUGGAGAGGUGCCAAUCAAAGUAGAUGGGCUACCAGCUGCAAGCCCCACGACCCAAAACACGGACGAAGCAGCCGGGAAGUGCCCGGACAUCACAGAUCGUCUGAGGCUCCUGGAGCAGGAAGUAGCCCGCAACAGAGAAGAGUCCGGGAAGUCACAAGCGGAGGUGGAGAGGCUAAUGGCAGCUCUGAGGGAUGCUGAGAUAGACAAAUCAUGCAAGGAAAAGAAAAUUGCUGAUCUUGAGAGCGUCUGCAGACCGGGGCAAAUCAAGUCUCCAAACAUCCAGAAGCAGACGGUGCUGGGUGAGAUGAGGAAAGAUGCUCUGACUGAUGGACAUCCGCACUCUUUAUCACAGCCUCCUCUUUCAGCUUCCCAGGAUGCCAUGCGGGAGACGGCAGAGCGGAUCAGGGAGCUGGAGAAGGCGCUGAGGGAUAGCAUGAACACCUCCUCACAUAGGGAGGCCCUCUGGGCGCAAGAGGAGGGUGCCCGAGUUCAGGCCCAGAGACAGUUGGAGGAGCUGAUGGGCGCUUUGGAGAAGACGCGGCAGGAGCUGGACGCCACCAAAAUGCGUCUUUCCUCCACUCAGCAGUCCCUGCAUGAGAGAGAUGGAUACCUGAAUAGUCUUCGCCAGGAGCGACGCAAACAGCUGGAGGAGAUUCUGGAGAUGAAGCAGCAGGCUUUGCUGGCAGCCAUCAGUGAAAAGGAUGCUAACAUCGCCCUGCUGGAGUUAUCCUCCUCCAAAAGGAAGAAAGCCCAAGAGGAAGUUAUGGCUCUGAAGAGGGAAAAAGACAGGCUCAUGCACCAGCUCAAACAGCAGACUCAGAGCAGAAUGAAGCUUAUAGCGGAUAACUACGAAGAAGAACACAUCCACCCCCAGCAUCAUCCUCACCAUUCGCACCACCUGCAUUCGGCGAACGUGCAUCACCGAAGCCUGCCGAGAGGGCCGCCUCACGCCAACCACCGACCCCCUAUGGACCCGGAUGAUGAAGAGGGGAUAUGGGCAUGAUGACCAUCACCAGUGUGACCCUGUAUCUGUUGGUUCACACUGUCUGUCGAGCCAGGUACCAGGAGGUUCAAGAGCUUCCACUGCGAGCGUGAGCACUCAGCCGGCCCGUACUUCCCCACCAUCGUGACCGUCAGACGUACAUAUAAACAGAUGAACACAUACUCGAGGGCCCACCGUUUGACGGCUCAGCCAGUCAGAGAGUCUCCUGCUUACCGAUGAAUGUCACCUUCACUGAGGACCUGAGCCCAGUGUGGUUGAAUAUCCCUCACCAGAGCAUCAGUCAUCAGUGUGCAGCUCCAAGGUAUUGGCAAGCGGUCCAUUGCCUUCAUUUCCCUAGCUGUUUUCAAUAGACUGGGAGCUGGAUUCAUUUUACAGUACUGCGGUGCAACAGAGUUCUGGCUCCACAUCAACCGACAAUCACUCCACCGCCGCCGACUACCAGUGUGGCUGAGCUGAGCCAGUGGAACUAGCCCGUAAACUCCAUGCCAAUCCCCGGACUGGUUUAUGAUGGCAUGAAUAUGUUUACUUCUGCAGCUAAAAUUCUUUUUUUGUAAAUAUCACAACAUGGACCUCAAAAUCCACAAUCCACAGAGACCUUCUCAAUGUACCGUGCCAAAGGAGACAACCCCUGUCUGCUGAAAACAAAUUACUGACGUGCAUCUGAAUGACUCGGACUAACCCACUAAACCGCCACAGCCACUCGUUUGUUUGACUGGCUCCCGCUUCCUGCGGAGGGAUCAACAAGAAAAAGGCUUAGAGAUGCAACACAGAAAAUGAGUGUGAGGAUCAGCUUACACCUUUCUUUUAAAAAAUCAGGACCUUUAUUAAAAGGGAAGGAAACAUCGCUGACCUCAAAUGAGCCAGCUUACUGUAAGAGCAGUCUGUUUAUACGUUUCUCCUCGUGUUCUUUUAGCCUGCUGUGCGUUUGUUUAAUGAACCAAUAUCAUGUUCUGUUUGCUUUUCUACGUCCGAAAAAACAGUUUUGAGUGCCACUCUUCUUCUUCUUCUUCUUUUUUUUUUUAAAGUUGUGUGACUCAUUACACUGAUGAGUGAUGUAUUAUUUCGUUGUCUGCAUACUAAUCCUGUGAAUCCGAGUGGCUAAUUUUGUUUAUAAUGAAGUGACUUGCAUUUUCAAACACUGUGUCAUUUUAUUUUUAUUUCUUUUUUCACUGUACCAGAGGUUUUACCUGAGCUGAUAUUAAUGUACAGUACCGUGUUUUGAUUGAUUCGACAGUGUUUCCAUCUGGCCCUUCCUUAAUAUGUACAGUUUUUGUACAGUAUGUGUGUGCAUGUGUGUGUGUGCGUGCAUGUGUGUGUGGUUCCACGACUGUGAGGACUGUGAAAGUUUUGGGGGGGGGUAGCAGCAAUCCACCCUCGAGUUGUUCCACAGUGUUUUGCAGUGGUCAGCGUGUUUCUGUUGUGUGAAUAAAAAGUGGCUUUCA